AUGUCCAUCCUCGUGCGCCCGCCCAAGCGCAAAUUACACGAGGUCGACGAGGGACCUCGAAAAUAUAGUGUUGGCCCUUCAUGGUCCCCCGGAACUCAUUCCAACUCUGCAGCUAGCUCGCGCCGUCCCAGUGAACCGUUAGAUUCCCAGAGCGACUCCCAUCCAAAUGCCACCUCGCUACGAGAAUUGCACUCCAACCGCGCUUCCCCGGUUUUGUUCGAUAAGGGACCUUUACAGACGCCGCGCACCUUCAACACUACCGCAUCGGUGGUUCUGAUUGGUAUUCGAGGUACCGGAAAAUCCAGCCUCGCGGUCAUCCUCGCUGCGACAUCCGGCCGACGCCUCAUUGAUGCCGACCGGUACUUCCACCAGAUAACGGGUUGCUCUCGAGCGGCAUUCAAGAAAGAGAAGGACCAUGGCGAAUACCGAUUACAGGAAGCUCGGAUCUUUGAAUCCAUGUUGGCCGACAACCAAGAGGGAUGUGUUAUUGCAUGUGGAGCUGGGUCGAUGGAGCGCAGUGGCCAAAGAUUGUUGCGAGAAUAUGCGCAGACACAUCCUGUCAUCCAUGUAACUCGAGAUCCGGAAAGCAUCCAGUCAUAUCUGAAGGCCUGGGAUACACAGAAAGUGCGUCACUUCUUGGAGCUCUCAGGACCAAUCUAUCGUGGGUGUUCGAAUCUGGAAUUCUUCAACUUAUCAGAGUCGGCGAGUGGUGAAUACAUGGCCAAGGAUGGUCAGAAUAUGUCGCCAGGGCCUAAGAUGGAUCAGAGGACACAUACCCCGUUUUUGACACUGAAGCGUGUCCAGCGAGACUUUCUUCGGUUUAUCGCUUUUGUGACUGGUGACCUCACCGAGUUGAAUCGACAACAUUCGUCGUUUCCAUUGUCUCUAUUGCCAGUGCAAUCUCGGCCUUUUACCAAUGCAGUUUCGGUCCCGUUCUCUGCUCUGCGUGACAAGGAUCUCGAUAUUGAAGAGCUCGAGUUUGGCAUCGAUGCGUUCGAAGUGGUCAUUGAUGUCACAAGCCCUUCGGGUCAGCUAGGCACUGACUCGAACCUGGCCGACAGUAUUAGCCGGACUCUUUCGACUAUUCGCCGUAAUAUCAUUGUUCCUAUUAUGUACCAUGUUGAAAGUUAUACCUCGCCCAAAGGGUCUCUCUCACCAGCUCCAACUGCUCGAUCCACAGAUGAAGCAUAUUUGAGCUUGGUGAGACACGGCCUGCGAGUCGCACCCACAUUCCUGACGGUUGACCUGUCUCGAGACGAUAGCUUGUUGGCCGAGAUUGUCAAUGCACGGGGCCGUACAAAUAUUGUCGCCCACUUUGAGGCAUAUCGCUCGCCACCUGGAGGUUGGGAUGGAGAUGAGUACGUCGAAAUCUACGAGAGGGCAAAGAGGCUCGGAUGUGACAUGCUACGAUUGUGUCAACCAGCCGAGACGAUGGAAGAUAACUAUGCAGUGGAGCGAUUCAGACACCGCAUGCAAAGCCUCCCAAAUGCUAUCCCCGUGAUUGCCUACAACACUGGUCCUCUGGGGCGUAUGUCCCGCUGCUUCAACCCCGUCUUGACUCCAGUCACCCAUCCGUCCCUUAUCCCACACACUCCUAACCACGUACGCGCAUCAAUCACCGCCCACGAUGCGCAACAAGCUCUUUACAACUCCUUCGCCCUGGAUCCCAUGCAGUUCUUUGUAUUCGGUGCCAAUGUAACCUACAGUAUGUCACCGGCUAUGCACAACACUUCCUUCAAACUGUGUGGGAUGCCUCACAAAUACUCUAUUUUCCAGUCCCCCACCAUCCGCGGACUGAAUGAGCUCGUCGAAAAUCAAUUUUUUGGCGGAUCAAGUGUCAGUCUCCCUUACAAAACGGAAGUCAUCCCUCUCCUCCACUCCAUGUCUCCACACGCACGGGCUAUUGGCGCCGUCAACACGCUGAUUCCCAUCCGAAACGAUGAUGAUUCCGAUCCUCGCCUCUCUCAAGAAUCCUCAAUUUAUCUGAAGAAGAGUCGUGCCGGUCCUAUCAAGGGCCUUCAUGGCGACAAUACCGACUGGAUUGGUAUAUGUAAUUGUAUUCGCCGCGGUCUGUCGCCCGCAAACGCCGUCCGGCCCACGACAACUGGUCUUGUCAUUGGAUCCGGCGGUAUGGCACGAGCAGCUGUAUACUCAAUGAUUCAUCUUGGCGUGCAGCAUAUUUUCGUCUACAAUCGCACCCAUGCAAAUGCAGAAAAGCUAGCCCACCAUUACAACCGACAGGAUCUUUACUCCCAUGAACAGGCUAGAGCGAACGGCCGAUCAAGAGUCAACACGCUAAGCUCCAUCGACGAGCUUUGGCCUGCAGAGCAUAAACAGCCUACGAUCAUUGUUUCGGGUAUUCCCGCGCACAGUAUCGGGGGUCAACCUGCGCCUAACUUCCAUGUCCCUACACAAUGGCUUGAAAGUCCGACGGGUGGAGUGGUUGUUGAUCUGGCGUACAAACCCCUUAAUACCCCGCUGAUGAAACAAAUCCGCGCCCUUUCCCAUCGAGGCUGGGUUGCGCUAGAUGGCCUAGACGUUCUUCCCGAACAGGGAUUUGCCCAGUUCGAGCUCUUCACCGGCCGUCGUGCACCACGUCGUGUGAUGCGAACAAUUGUUCUUCAGGAAUACGUGAAUGAAGAGGGUCAUGAUGAUCCCCGUGCGAUUCGAGAUCGACUCCAGAAUCUGGAUGGACAACCUUCAUGA